UCCGGCAAUUGCUAAGAGAGAAGUUGUCUCAAAAAAAUUAAAUAACAAAUUAAAAAUCAAUUGAAAUUAAAUAGAAAAUAAAAUGUGCAGCACUACGAGAGCACGUGCCCUCACCAUAGGAUGGAUACAUUUGAUAAUUACCCUAAUUAUAACCGUUUUGCUUUCAAUCUAUCUGUGCACUUAUAACAAUGAGAUUCAUGUGAAAACUCUCAUAGAUAAUGGCUAUGAUAUCUAUGAAGAAAAUAUCAUUGAGGCAGAGAAUGUUGGCGGCAUUGGAUUAACCACUUCGAUUUGCCUUUUAUUGUUGUGUGUGACCUUUUUAAUUUUCGACAUUCUACUUUUGAGUGGUAUUAUGCAGGAGAGCCACAUAUUAAUGAAACCUUUUGUCUAUGCUAAUGUAUUGGCUUUGUGCCUGCAAAUAUGUAUUACUAUAUACAUCGUAUUCGAGGAUCUUCUAGAGACAAAUAUCCUGAAACAUUUUGCCUUCAAUUUUUUUGUCGUGCUUCUUUUGCUGCUUAUCUUCAAACCCAUCUACCAAAUUUAUGGUCAAAUUCGUAACGCUAAUGAAGGAAAAACUCCCCAGGGUGUGCAAAAUAUAGAGAGCAAUCCAGAACAACAGAGAUUAACUGAGGUGCAACCGCAAACAAAAUAUAUGAAUGAAGCUCCACAAGGCCUUCAGAGUACAGAGAGCAACGCAGCGGUUAAGCAAAACUCAGCUGAUUUCCAAACUCAAGGAACAGAUGUGAAUGGUCGAGGUUUGCCGAACGCAGAGAAUAACACAGCGGUUGAUCAAAAAUUAACUGAGGUCCAAAACCAGGGACCUAAUGGGAAUUAAACUACACCAAAAAUAAAACGUUAAAGCUAUAACCAGUCUGCACGCCAAAAAAAAACCCCGAAAGACAAUAAAGCCGUUAAGAAGACUGUAAAAUGAAUACGUACUGAUGAAGCUCAGGUCAAUAGAGGGUCAACUAACAAGAUUCAAAAUAAAGUUGAUUCUCACUUUUUUUACAUCCUACACCACUACUUUUGCAUAUAUUUGGUUUAAAAUUUUGUCUGUCAAUCGUUUUACUGCCCGUCUGUGCGACUAUACCUUAGUUAUGUACACAAAGUUCAUUUGGAAUUUUUAGUUGAUUUUUUUUUAUACCCUACACCACUACUGUGGUACAGGGUAUUAUAACUUAGUGAAUUAGUU